AUGAGUCACGACCUGACACCGCUCGGCGUGGUGCUCUUCAGCAUUGCUUCCGCCAUCUCGGGAGAGCUUAUCAACUGGAUCCUGGUGUACCGGACGAGUUCGUACCGUGCCCUCAAAGAGAAUCUCUCGCGCCACGCAAAGAAGCUCGAGGAGGCCAAGUCCAGUGGGAGCGGGAGCAAGAACAUCAAGAAGCUGGAGGCCCGCCUCGAUACAUGGAAGACGGAGGCCUCCGCCCGUGUGGCGGGCAUCAACAUGCGCACCGGCCUCAUCACCGUGGCUGUGGUCAUGCUCAGUUUCCGCCUGGUGUCGCAGCUGUUUGGCGACGCGCCGGCGGCCACCCUGCCCUUCCACCCGCCGCCCUUCCUCCAAAAGCUGACCCACCGCGGCCUCACCGACGCCGACCCACGGCAGUGCUCUGCGAUGUUCAUCUUCAUCCUGUGCCAGGGAUCCAUCAAGGUGCUGGUCACCAAGCUCCUGGCCCUGGGCCCUGGGCGGGAGUGGGUGAUCAUCAAGCCCAACACCCUAAUGGGCCUGAGCGACAAGAAGUGA